UUCAUAACAAGGCUGUGUUGGUGCAUUUUGUAUUCUAUGAUAAUAAGGUGUAUUUUUGUACUUUGUGGUCCAGUGUCAUCCCCCAUGAGCGCAGAAUAUUAACAAUACUGCAGUGGCUAACCCUUCCGGACAACGAAAGGCCUUACGUUUAUGCUUUCUACUCUGAGCAACCAGAUGCUGCUGGCCACAGAUACGGUCCUUUCAACUCAGAGAUGAUGGUGAACCCCCUGAGAGAGAUUGACAAGACAGUAGGACAACUAAUGGAUGGGCUGAAACAGUUGAAACUACAUCGAUGUGUCAAUGUCAUCUUUGUUGGUGAUCAUGGGAUGGAAGACACUACUUGUGAAAGAACUGAAUUUUUAAGCAACUAUCUGACUAAUGUGGAAGAUAUCAUUUUGCUCCCUGGUUCUUUGGGUCGAAUUCGCCCUAGGUCUAGCAAUAACCUAAAAUAUGACCCUAAAGUGAUUGUUGCCAACCUUACAUGUAGAAAGCCAGACCAGCACUUCAAGCCUUACUUGAAACAGCACCUACCUAAACGCUUACACUACGCUUACAACCGAAGAAUCGAGGAUGUCCAUUUACUGGUGGAUCGCAAAUGGCACGUGGCAAGGAAAGCUGUGGACGUUUACAAGAAACCAACGGGGAAAUGUUUCUUCCAUGGAGACCACGGCUAUGACAACAAGAUAAACAGCAUGCAGACUGUCUUUGUAGGUUAUGGCCCUACAUUCAAAUACAAGACCAAAGUACCUCCUUUUGAAAAUAUUGAACUUUACAACGUCAUGUGUGAUCUGCUUGGAUUAAAGCCUGCUCCCAAUAAUGGAACCCAUGGAAGUUUAAAUCACCUGCUGAGAGCCAAUGUUUAUAAACCAACUGUGCCAGAUGAAGUUGCUAAACCUCUUUAUCCUGUCGCUCUGCCUUCUGCCUCAGAUUUUGAUAUAGGAUGUACAUGUGAUGAUAAGAACAAAUUGGAUGAACUCAACAAGCGCUUUCAUGUCAAGGGAACAGAAGAGAAGCAUCUUCUAUAUGGACGCCCUGCAGUACUGUACCGCACAAAAUACAAUAUCUUGCAUCACCAUGACUUCGAAAGUGGCUACAGUGAAACAUUCCUGAUGCCUCUCUGGACAUCCUACACUAUUUCCAAACAGGCAGAAGUAUCAGGUGUCCCGGAGCACCUGGCCAGCUGUGUGAGACCCGACCUCCGCAUUUCUCCAGGAAACAGCCAGAGCUGUGCAGCCUACAGAGGCGAUAAACAGCUCUCCUAUAGCUUCCUUUUCCCUCCACAAUUAAGCUCCUCUGCAGAAGCAAAAUAUGACGCUUUUCUAAUAACAAAUAUCAUUCCAAUGUAUCCUGCUUUCAAAAAGGUAUGGAACUAUUUUCAAAGGGUUUUGGUGAAGAGAUAUGCCACCGAACGAAAUGGAGUCAAUGUCAUAAGUGGACCGAUCUUUGACUAUGACUAUGAUGGUUUACAUGACACACCAGACAAAAUAAAACAGUUUGUGGAAGGCAGUGCCAUCCCCGUUCCUACUCAUUACUAUACCAUCAUAACCAGCUGCUUAGAUUUCACGCAGCCAGCCGACAAGUGUGAUGGACCGCUCUCCGUCCUCUCCUACAUCCUUCCCCACCGGCCUGACAAUGAUGAGAGCUGCAAUAGCUUAGAGGAUGAAUCAAAGUGGGUUGAAGAUCUUCUUAAGAUGCACACCGCACGUGUGCGUGACAUCGAACAGCUCACAAGCUUGGACUUCUUCCGAAAGACCAGUCGCAGCUACACAGAAAUCCUCUCCCUAAAGACAUACCUGCAUACGUUUGAAAGUGAAAUUUAGCUUUCUAACCUUACUCAGUGCAUCCUUUUAUCAACUGGUGUAUAUUUUUAUAUUGUUUUUAUAUUUAUUAAUUUGAAACCAGGACAUUAAAAAUAUUAGUAUUUUAAUCCUGUAUCAAAUCUUAUAUAUUAAACUCCCGUGUCAUUUGUUUUGUUUCUCUAAUGUUUAAUAUAGGUAUGUCUCUUGGUUUAUUUAGUAGCGCUUGUAAUACUGCAGCUUGAGUCCUUACUCCAAGCUUCUAAGUGGUGCUGCAGGAUUUGAUACGUGCAUCAAGGAAGUAUUAAUUUCCCAUGCUCCUUUACCACACUUUUUGUCCUGUAUUGUGUAUCAAAAUACUGAACAUGUAAAAUUACAUUCAUUUACUGUUAACUCUGUGACAGACAUAUUUAAACCCUAUAGACAAAUAGCAUCUUGAAUAUAAUAAACCACACAUUCAGUUUU